AUGCGAAGUCUGCGAGAUGUUUGGCCUCUGUCGAGGCUCGCAUUGGCUGCGUGUGUUACACUAAAUGUGGGCCAUACUCUUCCGGAGCUGUCGCUGUCCACACCUACAUGCUGGGUGUUUACCCACAAUAACAAGGCUGGGGGCACAACUGUCAAGACGCACCUGAGAAACUAUGCCGAGUCACGGAAUGAAACGGUUGCGUUGUGCCACAGUGAUUGGUACGCUCGCGGCGAUAAAGGAAUCCAGGAUCUUCUGAACGACAAGCCCGUGCUGAUCGCGGGAGGAUACGCCGAGGGUCUGCGGACUAGCGCUUUUCAAGGGUGUAAAUGGUUCACCAUGAUGCGGCACCCCAUUGCUCGACUCAUUUCGGCCUUCUACUACUGCAGCGGAGGUAAUCGUGACCAAUUGUGCGCGGCAAACAUUCACAAACCGGAAGACGGUGACAUCUACGACUUCGCCAAGCACUGGGGCAACUAUGCCCUUCUACAGUUCGCGCUUGGUGUAGUAGAUCAACAUGAGAUUUUCGCUGAAGAAGUGGACGCCCCUGCUUGGUUCAAGGCUAAAUUGUACUUCGAGGGCCGGCUUGGAUAUCCCGGAAACAUGUCGACUGCAACAAACCGUACGACGCACGACGAGUGGCAGAGUGUGUGGAUACCAGACAUUCUCCAGCCAGUCGAGGAACUGCUGAGGUCAAACUACGCCGCUGUUGGGAUUUUAGAGCAUUGGCAGAGAAGCAUGAUGUUGUUCGACCACGCCUUGGAGAUACCUGGUUUCAAUUGGACGGUCGCUUCAGCCUCCUUAUCGCCACGAAAGAGUCAGAACAAGAUCGUCGAGAAAAAGGCUAUGCUGGCCGCAGCAAUGACGGAUCCGGUUUUGAGGCAGUACGUGUGGCUCGAUCUGCUCUUGUAUGAGUAUGCCUGCAGCUUGCACGAGGAGCAGCUCAGACGAUACGAUUUGGCGUUGGACUGA